AUGGCCGAAACUAAUCCAGAAGUUGAUAUCAGUGAAUUAGCUGAAUAUGAAGAAGAGAGUGAUGAAGAGGUCCAAAAUGAUGUUACCGAUACCAAGAAUAAAACUGCAAAUCGUGCUGAUACACAUGUUGCUAUGCAUUCAAGUGGUUUCAGAGAGUUCUUGUUAAAACCAGAGUUGGAAAGAGUCAUUGGUGAUUGUGGUUUUGAACAUCCAUCUGAAGUUCAAAAUGAAUGUAUUCCACAAGCCAUUCUUGGUACAGAUGUCAUUUGUCAAGCUAAAAGUGGUAUGGGUAAAACCGCUGUUUUCGUUUUAUCAACUUUACAACAAAUUGAUAACAAUCCAAAUGGUAUUACAACAUUAGUAUUAUGUAAUACUAGAGAAUUAGCAUAUCAAAUUUGUGAUGAAUUUGAUCGUUUCACCAAAUAUUUACCAAAUGUUAAAACUGCAGUGAUUUAUGGUGGUAUUCCAGUUCAAACCCAUAAAGAUUUGAUCAAAGAAAAGAAACCAAACAUUAUCAUUGGUACCCCAGGUCGUAUUUUACAAUUAGCAUCUGAAGGUGCACUCUCACUCAAAGAGAUUAAACAAUUCAUUCUUGAUGAAUGUGAUACCAUGCUCGAAUCAUUGGAUAUGAGAAAGGAUGUACAAAAGAUCUUCAAACUCAUCCCAGCCAACAAACAAGUUAUGAUGUUUUCAGCUACCCUCUCUGAUACCAUUCGUCCAAUCUGUAAGAAGUUUAUGAACAAUCCAUUGGAAAUCUACAUCAAUGAUGGUAGUAAACUCACUCUCCAUGGUCUUCAACAAUACUACGUACCAAUCACUGAAGAACAAAAGAAUAAAAAACUCAUUGAACUCUUGGAUUCAUUAGACUUUAAUCAAGCCGUUAUUUUCGUCAAAUCUGUUAGACGUGCUGAUGCCUUAAAUAAGAUCCUCCAAGAUAUUGGUUUCCCAUCCAUCUGUAUUCAUCGUGACCUCGAUCAAAAGGAUCGUAUCGAACAAUACCGUAAAUUCAAAAACUUUGAAUCUCGUAUCAUGGUUGCCACUAAUAUCUUUGGUCGUGGUAUCGAUAUUGAACGUGUCAAUGUCGUCAUCAACUACGAUAUGGCUGAAUCUGCCGAUACCUAUCUUCACAGAGUAGGUCGUGCUGGUCGUUUUGGUACCAAGGGUUUAGCCAUUUCUUUUGUUCCUUCAAAAGAAGAUCCAGUACUUGAACAAGUUCAAUCUAAAUUUGUUGUUUCAAUUAAAGAACUUGUUGCAACCCCAGAUCCAAGUACUUAUAUGUCUGGUUAA